GCCUGACUGGGCUGGGAGGGGGCCGGAACCCACAGGGCUGAGCGCCCACGGGCACUGCCUUUGCCUCCCUCAGGGCAGCAGCUUUGCCUCAACCAACCCCCCUCCAUGGCCUUGCCUCUUGGCUGCCAAUUGCUUUUAAGCAAUAGUGAAGCUGCUGCUGCUGGGCUUUGCUCCCAGCCACUGCCUCUGGGGGUGAAUCCUGGCUCCAUCACCUCCCUCCUGCCCAUAUGGCCUCUGGGCUCAUGCCAGGGAUGUGCAAAGUGCUGCCACCUCUGUCCCCUCCUGAGCCCAGGGAGCAGCCCUGGAGAGCCCCUGCAGCAGGGGUGUGCCUGGGCAUGCUGCCAGAAGGGCAUGUCCAGAGCAAAAGCAUUGUCAACCCCCCCAAAUUACUCAACAACUUUCACUUUUGACAGGAGGCAGCGCAAGAGAAAACAGGUGUCAGGCUGGGACAGGGUGAUAAGUUUUUUGGUUUCCAGACAGCUCAGCUGGGAUCAGGGGGCCCCUCCAACACUCUUGGUGACAGUCAAGUAGCUCCUGCUCCAGCCAGAGCCCAGGACGGGGCUCAGCGUCUCCAGGUUGUGCUCCAGGGAGGAGGAUGCUCUGCGGUUCCCCCAUCCACUGCUCUCUGCUGGCUUUUGUUAUUUCCACUUUAGUUUUCCAAGUUCCUCAGGGGCACUCAGCUCCACUCACCGUCACUGCACCCCCCGGCCCCAUCACCGUGGCCAAGGGCGAGGACGUGGUGCUGCCCUGCAGCUUCUCCCCGGGGCAGAAUGCACAGGACACGGAGGUGACCUGGUUUCGGGAGCAGUUCUUGCCCUUUGUGCAUCGCUACAAGUUGGGCCAGGACCAGUACGGGGAGCAGAUGGUUCAGUACCAAGGGCGCACUGAGCUGGGGAAGGACGGCCUUGCCAAGGGCAGCGCGGACUUGAGGCUCUUCCAUGUCCAACCAUCUGACACAGGGAGUUACACCUGCUUUGUUCAACGAGGCUCAGAUUACGAUGAGGCUCUGGUGGAGCUCCAGGUGACAGAUCCCUUUUUACGAAGUAUCUAUCCUUGGAUUAUUGCCCUGGUCCUGGUCCUGCUUGCUGUGGUCACUCUAAUUAGUUUUGCAGUUUAUCUACAUAAAAUUAAAGAGCAACAAGCCCAGGAACUCGCAUGGAGAAGACACGCAGUGCCUAUAGAAGCAGCGAAAGUGGUUCUGGAUCCAGACACAGCCCACUGUGACCUUCUCCUGUCUGACAAUGGCAAAAGUGUGACACGAGGGGACACACGACAGGACAUCCCCGACACCCCCGAGAGAUUUAACCCGUGGCGCUGCGUUCUGGGCUGUGAGGGCUUCACCUCGGGGAGACACUACUGGGAGGUGGAGGUGGAGGGUGCAGGAGAUUGGAUUGUGGGGAUUUUUAGAGAAGAUGGAAAAAGGAAGGGUGAUCUUGAGUUUAAACCGGAGAAAGGCAUCUGGGCAGUGGGGAAACGGCCAGAACUGAAAGCUUUCACCUCCCCUAGUCCCACUGAAUUUUCUGAAAUUAAGGCUCCCAGGCGGAUCCGGGUCUCUCUGGAUUAUGAAAUGGGACAGGUGGCAUUUUUCAAUGUUGAUGAGGGGAUUCCCAUAUUCACGUUUCCACGGGUAUUGUUUGAGGGGAAAAAAGUCUACCCUUGGGUCUGGCUGGGUCCUGGGAUAUGUCUGAAAAUAUGUCCCUGAUGAAGAGGAGGCAGUAAGAGAAGGGUCUCCAAGGGCGGAGAUCUCGUUACCUCUCUGCACCUCUCUUCCAUGCUGCAUCUCUCCAAGAUCUUUCUCUGAGGCCAGACAUGCUGUUCUGGUCCCAGUGCAGAUCAGUGGGAGAGGCCAUGGCCAAGACCUUGUGUGAUGAGAUCACCCCACAUCAUUUCCAGGUGUGGGGAAAAGGGACUUUCUCUCCUGCUUCUGAGGUUGUUCCUUACACAUGGAGGGUGGAACCAUUGUUUCCUUGUCUCAGGCUCAGGGAGCAUUUGGCAUGUAAAUCCCCCUCUCUCUGUACACUUUUCUUCUUAGUAUUGUUGCUGUUCCUGUUGGUUUUAUGGUAUCAUUGCAGUUUCCAGUGAAUUGUUCUUCUCUCCACCCAUGAU